AUGAAGGUUGGAGUCUUGCGUUCGAGAGCUUUAGAAAGGAUGCGUCCUUACCUGUGUGAUAAAAUCAUAGCUGAGAGACACUUUGAUUACCUACGUUCAAAGAAAAUACUCACUAGAGAGGACACAGAAGAAAUUUCAUCUCGAUCUUCCAGCAGGAAAAAGACUGGGAAGUUAUUGGACUACUUAGCCGAAAACCCGAAGGGACUGGAUGCUCUGAUUGAAUCUAUCAGGCGAGAAAGAACACAAAACUUCCUCUUACAAAAGAUCACUGACGUAGUGUUGAAAGUCAAAAAUGAAAAACUUGAAGCUCUCAAAGGUCUAAGCUGCAGCACCUGUAUGACCUCACUGUAUGGAGGAACGAAUAAUCUUUCUAGAUCAUACUCUGAUGAAUCUAAUUUUUUUGAUAAAACAAAAGACAAAGAAUCCAGCCAGAUACAUCAUCCAGAAGAAGACUAUAGCACCGCUGCGUUUAUGUCUGCUGUCUCUCUCCAUUCGAUGAAUUUACCGAUCGCGGAGAUGGGAAAUGCGGAGAGCACCGUUUUCUCAGCCACCCUCCCAGGGCCCGGAGACCCCGGCGCACCCCCUCUCCCCGCAGAGCUCCAGUCAGAGCAGCAAGAGCCAUGUACUAGUUCAAGUGACAAUUGCUUUUUGCCUUUAAGAUCGCGCUCUCUUCAACCACAGUGAACGUAGUGACUUUUGUCUGUUCAUCCAAAUGGUACUGAAACUUUGUGUGAUGUCUUAGAAAGGUUAAAAAAUGUUUUCAAGCUGUUAACUAGCAAAAUCAGAGGAAACAAUCUAUGCUAUUUACUGUUUUCAAGGAGU